AUGUUUGCUAAUUCAUUAAGUUGGCCAAUAACUAUGGAGACGGCAAUUCAAAGAAGUCUCUCAAUAGUAAGCAAAGUGAUUACACUAGGCAGAUUUAUCUUCGCAGCUUUAUACCUACGUGCAACCAAUAGAUGGAAUAUUGCAAGAAUACCAAUAGCUAAUGUCGACUUUCCUUUAAGUGAUAUGGCUGAUAACUGUCAUACUGAAAUCUGUUAUGGAACGUUGAACAAGAAGAAAACACAACAGCUGCUAGAAAAAUGUCGUCACGAAGAUGUAACUGUAACAUCUGCUGUUAGCAGUGCCGUUCUAUGCGCUGCUUCUAGGCUAGUAAAAUCUGAAGAAGAUUAUCCAUCCGUAUUACACAUAUCCAUGGGAGCCAAUACUCGUAAACGAUGCGUACCACCCAUUUCUAAUCACGAUCUUAGUUAUCAAGUAUCAGGUAUUAUGUCGUUUAUAAUGCCUACAAGAGAUAUACCAACAACUUCCAGAGGCAUGUGGCAACUUGCAAAAGCAUUCGGAGACUAUCUAAAGACGUCAAUCAAUGCUGGUCAAAUUUUUGCUAUUGGUAUGAUCAUGGGAAAGAUCUUCCAGAAGACUUUAGGCCCACCCAAUUUUGCCGAACUUCCUACUUGUGCUAUCUCUAGUUGGGGUGUUUUGCCAUUUUCUGAAGACUAUGGAAGAUGGAAACUUGUGGUUAUGAUUCCUUUUGUCAACAUGAUUCGAGGAGGCAUGCCAUUCACUAUGUUACAAACUGUCAAUGGAGUCUUGACAAUUACGUACGUUGGAGCCGAACCUCUCAUUCCAAUAAGCAUUUUAGAAGAUUUGCGUGAUGGCACAGUGCAGAAAUUACAUCAGAUGAUUGAAGAUUGA